GGUGGUCUUCUUUGGAUUAAGAUCAUCAGAGCGAGAAUGGGAUUCCGAUCUCGUGGAGCUCAUGAAGCAAGAGAGGUGAUCGAAUUUGAAUCUCUUUUAAGGCGCUUUCCUGAAAGAGAUAGAAGAAGUCAUGGCAUUCCGAUCUGUCGAAAGUUUCUCGAACCAGAAGGGAGAAAAUCACGAUCUCCCAAAGCCCAAAAAGUGCAGCUGAAUUGCCAAUGUUCCGGGUUCCUGAUCCUCGGCGGGAUGGCUUGGGCUCAGAUCGAGUCGCGAGUGCAUCAUCCGGCUGGCUUGAAAGCUUUGACGGAUGCAAACUUCACAAAAAAGAUGCAGGGUCGGUGCUGUCUAGACGGCCGGCCCCAGAUCUCUCGAAACCCCAUCUCCCGCUUCGUGUAACACGAGCAUCCCCCUCUACCGACUCCCUCCGACAAAAAUUGUCUCGACGGGGAGAGCUUCCACAACAUGUCGAAUCGCUCGCGACCAGCCAGAGGCGCGUUUUCGCGGAGGAACGAUGUCUUGACAGCGACAAGCCGAUCAAUCAGAAUGAAGUACGUCGGAAGCAAACGGUAACACAAGCAACUGAGGAACACAAAGGUAAGGAACUCCGGAGCUCCAGGCUCGUCCGCCAUGAAAACCGACACUGAAACCCUAGAAUCCCGUUGUUUAUGUGUACGUGCGUGGCGUGGGUUCGUGUCGAGAGAGAGAAAGAGAGGGAUAGAGAAAGAGUGGGCAAAUCUUCUGUGGCCCCCACGACGGACUCGCAAGUUGAGAAAACCGCCAUUCCACAGUUGACCUCGAGGGUUUCUGCAACAGUUGGCCUCAGACUUGAUUAUAAAAAAGGAAAAGAGGAAAGGAGGAAGGAAAGGUAGAAGGGGAAAAGAAGAACGCAAUAAAUAAGUGGUUAAUCGGUAAAGAGAGUAGACAGUAGAUAGUGAGGAAUAGUUUAAUGACGAUGACGCGGUGGUGAUCACAGAAGCGAAUCUUUCGAUAUCCAAAACACCAAUUUCUUUAGCGCGAGGUAUAGUUUAAGGGGCAAAGAAGAUCAGAUGGUGAUCACGAUAAUAAUAAAAAUAAUAAUAGCGACAACAGCAACAAAGGGAACAAAAAACAGGAGGAGGGCCCAUAUUUCCACAUCAAAGGAUUUUGCGUGAUACUGACGAACGUGAUACAAUGAGCGCCAUUGCCUCCACUUCUCUUCUCCCUCUCAACCUUCUCUUCUCCUCACCCACAUGGCCCAAGAGAAAAUGAGGGGAAAAGAAAAACCAAUACAGAUAUUUUCAGUUUCCAGUUGAAAGGGGCUCGGGCGAAUAUUAGUCGGUGGUUUCCCGUGAGUUUCCCAAGACACCAAGAGUUGCAGAAUUCUUUAAGUUGAGACGCAGGAACCAGGUGGUUUUUCGACAUCUAUCUCCAGAAUGCGACCCUUCAUCUGUAGGGCCGUACACUUCUCUUCUUCUCUUCAACUGUGAACCGGAGGCUGUUUUCUUAAUUUAUCUAUGGUGUUUGGCACGCACUCCCAAGGUGAGAUAUGCAUCGACAUGCGUCUGAGCUUCGGUCUUCUCUCCCACGCAUGUAGCUCAGGGUUAUGUCAGAGUCUCUGCCGAAAGAUGGUGCUCAGCAAGAGCUGUGCCAGAAGAGCACCAAUGCCAGAGGAACACCAAUGAGUCGAGUUUUGACCAAGGGGAGACCCGUGUUGUGAGGAGGAGGUGAGAAGCUCCGGCGUCGAGCAUAGCCGUGGGGGUGAGGAUGGUGGCGCCGUCCGCGACAAAACACCGGCAUGCGCUGGCACUUCGGUGGUGCAUGAGGGUGGAGGCAAAGGGCGCGGUCAAGCCGUGGGUUUCCAGCCCGUUCAAGUGGCUCAUGGGCUGGAUACUCUUCUUCGCAGUGGUGUCCUGGCUCGUCUACUGCUACUUCUAUGCGGAUGCUGUGACGACACGGAGGGAGUCCCUCGCGGGGAUGUGCGACGAGCGGGCGAGGAUGCUGCAGGACCAGUUCACGGUGAGCGUGAACCACGUCCACGCCCUAGCGAUCCUCGUCUCGAGCUUCCACCACCGGAAGAGCCCCUCCGUCCUCGACCAGAAGACGUUUGCUGAGUACACGGCAGGAACGGCGUUCGAGCGGCCGUUGCUCAGCGGGGUGGCCUAUGCGCAGAAGGUGGUGCAUGCAGAGAGGGAAAUGUUCGAGCGAAAUCAUGGAUGGACAAUCAAGACGAUGAAGAGGGAGCCCUCCCCUGUGCAGGACGAGUAUGCGCCCGCCAUUUUCUCGCAAGAGACUAUUUCGUAUAUCGAGUCUCUUGAUAUGAUGUCGGGAAAGGAGGAUCGCGAGAAUAUCGAGAGGGCGAGAGCCACAGGGAAGGCUGUCCUCACCAGCCCUUUCAGGCUGCUGGAAUCGAAUAAGCUGGGCGUUAUUCUGACUUUUCCAGUAUACGGUUCAAGCCUUCCAGCAGAUGCAACGGUGAAACAACGUGUUCAAGCUACUGUAGGAUAUCUUGGUGGAGCAUUUGAUGUUGAGUCUCUUGUUGAGAACCUGCUAUGGAAGCUUGCUGGGAAUGAGGCCAUUGUGGUAAAUGUGUAUGACGUUACCAAUUGUUCUAUGCCCCUGAUCAUGUAUGGGCCCCAAAAUCCAAAUGGCGACAUGUCACUCAUCCAUUCUAGUGUGCUUGAUUUUGGAGACCCUUUCCGGAAGCACUUGAUGACUUGCAGAUAUCUUUGGAAGCCUUCCCUUCCAUGGACAGCAAUCAUGUCUUCAUCUGGAGUUUUUGUGAUUGGUGCAUUGAUUGGGUAUAUUCUAUAUGGGGCUAUUAUCCAUAUUGGUAAAGUUGAAGAAGACUACAACAAGAUGGCAGAACUGAAGGUUCAAGCUGAAUCUGCUGAUAUUGCUAAAUCUCAGUUCCUAGCUACAGUUUCACAUGAAAUCAGAACGCCAAUGAAUGGGGUUCUAGGGAUGCUCCAGAUGCUUCUUGACACAAAUCUAGAUUCAACUCAAAAAGAUUAUGCUCGAACUGCUCAGGCCAGUGGCAAAGCAUUAAUAACUUUGAUAAAUGAAGUCCUUGACAGAGCUAAAAUAGAAUCUGGCAAAUUUGAACUUGAGGCUGUGCCUUUUGACCUACGAUCCAUUCUUGAUGAUGUCCUUUCGCUAUUUUCUGGAAAAUCUAGAGACAAAGGCAUUGAGUGCGGUUGCAGAUGUUGCAUUUUUUCAGAAGUGUUUUGGUGCAGAGGUGGAAAUAUAUGUUGCACCAGUGCAGGUGUAUUUGUAUCAGACAAGGUCCCAGAAAUUCUCAUUGGUGAUCCAGGAAGAUUUCGCCAGAUAAUCACCAACCUGGUGGGAAAUUCAGUUAAAUUCACGGAACGUGGCCAUAUAUUUGUUCAAGUACAUUUGGUGGAUAAUGCAAAAUCAUUGAUGGACGGUAAAGUUGGGGCAAGCUCAAGAAGUGGACCAACAGAUUUGGUUGUCUCGUCAGGAAAUUUCUUCAAUACCUUGAGUGGAUUUGAAGCUGCUGAUGAAAGGAACAGUUGGGAAACAUUCAAAUUGCUGGUAUCAGGUCCUGAAAUAUCAUCUGAUACAUUGGGAGAGUGCCGAGCUGCAUCUGGUGAUGUUACUUUGGUUGUUACUGUGGAGGACACAGGGAUUGGUAUUCCUAUACAUGCCCAAGACCACAUUUUUAUGCCCUUUAUGCAGGCAGAUAGUUCGACAUCUCGUACAUAUGGAGGAACAGGGAUUGGAUUGAGCAUCAGCAAAUGUCUAGUGGAGCUCAUGGGUGGGAGAAUAAACUUCAUUAGUCGGCCUCACAUUGGAAGUACCUUUACUUUUACUGCUGUUCUCAGGCGAUAUGAUAAAGAUUCUGUCAAGGGUCUGAAGGCGCCUCUUGUUGAGACAGUACCUAUGGGCUUCAAAGGUGUGAAAGCUAUUGUAGUUGAUGCCAGACCCGUCAGGGCGGCUGUAACAACCUACCAUCUUCAAAGACUUGGCAUGGUUGUUGAGAUCGUCAAUUGCAUGAAUAUGGCUAUCCAUUCAGCAUCUGGACAAAAUGGUUAUACGAUAAAUGGGCUAUCAGGUAAGAAAACAGACGUGAUAUUAGUGGAAAAGGAGUCUUGGUGUCAUGAGGUUGAAAAUGGCUUCUUUGGACACCUAUUGGAAUGCAAACAGAAUGGCCAAGCUCUUGAAAUGCCAAAGAUGGUUCUGCUGGCAACUUCAAUGAAUCAUGUUGAAUGUGCGAAAGCAAAGGCAGCUGGUUUUGCUGAUACUUUGAUAAUGAAACCUUUGAGAGCUAGCAUGGUUGCUGCAGGCCUCCAGCAGGUUCUGGGAAUUGGUAAUAUUCAACCACAAGGUAAAGGAAUUCCAAAUGGAACUCCUUUUCUUCACAACCUGCUUUUGGGGAAGAACAUCUUGGUGGUUGACGACAAUGGAAUAAAUCGCAGAGUUGCUGCCCUUGCAUUAAAGAAAUAUGGUGCUAAUGUAGAAUGUGCUGUGAGUGGAAAAGCAGCACUUACGAUGCUUCAGAUUCCACACAAGUUUGAUGCUUGCUUCAUGGAUAUUCAAAUGCCAGAAAUGGAUGGGUUUGAGGUGACUAGGCAGAUCCGUCAGCUUGAGAAUCAGGCUAAUGAGCAGAUCAGAAAUGAGCUAACAUUGCAUACGGGAGUGCGUAAGGUUCAGUGGCACCUCCCCAUACUGGCUAUGACAGCUGACCUAAUUCAGGCUACAUAUGAAGAGUGUCUGAAAUGCGGAAUGAAUGGAUAUGUUUCCAAGCCGUUUGAGAAACAGCAGCUGUAUCAAGCUGUUGCAAAGUUCUUCGAAGCUAAACCAAUUCAAGACUCAUAAAGCUCAUGGCAAAGAGACGUGUACAGACCUUCAUGUCCUUCGAACAUUACGUUCUAGCCCAAGCUCGAUACAGUUUCUUCCCGUCCCACAAAUAGAACAUGAAAUUUUUGCUUGCGGUGCCGGAUGAAAUAAUAAGCUGUUUGUGAGCACUGUACACUAUUAUUUGAGGGAGGCAUGUGAAUGCUCGUUGUUCAAUAUCCUUCUUGUGGAGAUCUGAGCUUGCUGGAAGUUGGAGGAAACAGGAAGCUGAAGUACUGAAAUUAAGGAUUCUUUAAGGGCCUCGCGUACUGUGAUACGUGCUGGAUGGUUCCUAAGUUUUGUAAACGCAAUUUUUAGCUCAUAUAACUUAAGGUCCUCAAAGUUUAGCUUUGAGAUUAUAUGGAAAAGUGCCCUUCGGCAGGCCCCUGUUGUAAUAUAUUUGUAAUGCUUCGGUCGCAAUUUUUUUUUCCCUUGUUCCAUGAGAAAAUGAAACUUAUUUGAGUUGUCGUUUUAUUUGUGGAACUUAGCUUGGGGAGGCCUUGGCUUGCCACUUCUGCCGUUCCAGCCAAAUUCAUCUGUAAGAACUCCAAUAGAAAAAAAUAUUAUCAUAUGUGAAGGAAAGGGACCACAAUCCUUUAUUGAGUGAA